AUGGCUACCAUUCUCCCACCACCUUCCAAGAAGCAAAAGAGGGAGACUCUUGAGCGGACAAAGACGCAGCAAGAUGUGUCGGCUCCCGUUGAGGUGGAAGCGGGCUCGUUCAAGGCUCGGUUCGUCGACGGCGAUGGCAAUCAGCUUGCGGAUGUGAUUGAGGUGCCUCUCGCGGACGCGAGCGAGAAGAACAUUUCUCUUCUUCUCAACACGUUAUUAGGAAGGGACCGCGAAGAGUUUCUCCCCUACCGUUUUCGUGUGCACAUCCCUGGCUCCGACAUCAUCGUUGACCAAUACCCGACCGACCUUCUUCAGCUGCUGAGGAGCCAUGGCAUAUCAAACCCCUUCGAAACCACAGUGACGCUGGGCGCCGAGCCCCAGGCCGUCUUCCGCGUCCAGACCGUGACGCGCAUGGCCAGCAAGAUGCCCGGUCACGGCGAGGCCAUCCUUGCCGCCCAGUUCAGUCCUGCUAGUAGUAACCGCCUGGCAACAGGAUCCGGCGACAAGACGGCGCGGAUAUGGGAUACGGACACCGGCACUCCCAAGUACACAUUGGCGGGACAUGACGGAUGGGUCCUGUGCGUGUCAUGGUCGCCGGACGGAAAGAGGUUGGCCACCGGCAGCAUGGACAAGACGGUGCGCGUGUGGGACCCGAGCACGGGCAAGGGUGUGGGCGCGGGCGCAUUUAAGGGCCACGCCAAGUGGGUGACGAGCCUGGCGUGGGAGCCCUACCACCUUUGGCGCGAUGGGACGCCGAGGCUGGCGAGCGCCAGCAAAGACGCAACGAUCCGGGUGUGGGUGGUGAACACGGGCGUGACGGAGCACGUCCUGUCGGGCCACAAGAGCAGCGUGAGUUGCGUGAAGUGGGGCGGCACUGGGCUCAUUUACAGCGCGAGCCAGGACAAGACGGUGCGCGUGUGGGACUCGGUCAAGGGCACCCUCGUGCACUCGCUCGCGUCCCACGCCCACUGGGUCAACCACCUCGCCCUCUCCACCGACUUUGUGCUGCGGACGGGCUACUUUGACCACACGCCCGUGCCCGACGACGAGGAAGGCAAGCGCAAGAAGGCGCUGGAAAGGUUUGAGAAGGCGGCCAAGGUGCAGGGCAAGGUGGCGGAGAGGCUGGUGUCGGCGAGCGACGACUUCACAAUGUACUUGUGGAACCCAUCCGAGGGGACGAAACCUGUGGCGAGGCUUCACGGCCACCAGAAGCAGGUGAAUCACGUUACGUUUUCGCCUGAUGGAGCGCUCAUUGCGAGCGCGGCGUGGGAUAACCAUACCAAGAUCUGGAGUGCAAGGGAUGGGCGGUUCAUCAACACUCUCCGAGGCCACGUCGCGCCAGUGUACCAAUGCGCCUUCUCUGCAGACUCGCGGCUGCUGGUGACGGCGUCCAAGGACACGACCCUCAAGGUGUGGUCGAUGGCAUCGUUCAAGCUCACGUCGGACCUGCCGGGCCACCAGGAUGAGGUUUACGCGGUGGACUGGAGCCCGGACGGCCAGCUUGUCGGGAGCGGAGGCAAGGAUAAGGCGACCGAGAACCCCAUAUCCGAUGACUGCCCAACGGAGGAUUUCACCCAUCCAGGGUCCAAGGACAUAUGGCUUAUUGUCUAUGCCUCUUUGACUCUAGGAAUCAUCUCCUUCCUCACAUUCUGCGUAAACUCCUACCCCACCCCCUUCUCCUCCGGCCCUCGCGGUGAAUCUCAUCUUCCGACCGAUUCAGACGAUAAGAAGGAGUCGUCGUUUGCUAUGCAGUCACCUGCCUACCUCGAUCCUUGGCAAGAGCUCCACGUAGCCAUGGAUAAGAAAUCGAAGAAGAAAAAGGAUAUAAGCUAUCUUUACGCUUACCUCAUCUUUACCUAUUUCUUCUCCAUCCUCGUGCUGUACAUUCUUAACAAGGAGACUGUACGAGUAUUGCGCGUCCGUCAAGAGUAUCUCGGCACCCAGUCCACCAUCACCGACCGCACGUUUAGGCUCUCCGGUAUCCCGGGCGAUCUUCGCGACGAGACCAAAAUCAAGAAUCUCAUAGAGAAGCUCGAGAUUGGCCAAGUGGAGAAGGUAAUUCUCUGCCGAACCUGGAACGACGUCGAUGACCUCAUGGACGAGCGCGACAAGUGCCUUAGGGAUCUCGAGCGCACGUGGAGCGAGUACCACAGGAAGCUCAAGGCUUCUAACUCGGGCGUUUAUGGUCGCCUGGAUGGCAGCGGCGAAGAGAGUUCGGGAGACAGCAAUGGCGGCAGCGGUAGUAGCGGCGAAGAAUCGCCCGACAUGGGUAUAGGAGCCAUGCACGGGCUAGAGGAGGCCGGGUUCGAACUCGAGGAACGGGACCGACCUAAGAUUCGCCUGUGGCACGGGUUCCUCCGCCUCCAAUCGCGCAAGACAGACGCUAUCGACUAUUAUGAGGAGCGGCUGCGUCGUCUAGAUUCUAAGAUCCUCGAGGCACGCCGCAAAACCUACGACGCUGCCGACCUUGCUUUUGUCACCAUGGAUUCCAUUGCCUCUUGCCAGAUGGCCAUCCAAGCACUGAUCGACCCCCGCCCGGGUCGCCUAUUAACCAAGCCUGCGCCAUCGCCCACCGACGUGGUCUGGCGGAAUACUUACGCGGCGCGGGGUGUUCGCAGGAUGAAGUCAUGGGUCAUCACCAUGUUCAUCUCUAUCUUGAGCUUGGUCUGGUUAGUCAUUGUAGCGACGCUUGCCUCGCUCUUGAGUAUCUGCACUAUCAACAAGGCAUUCCCGGCGAUUGGCCAGUAUCUGAUGCACCACGACUGGGUGCGUAUGCUCGUGCAGACGGGCUUACCCACCGGCGCCGUGUCCCUGCUCAAUCUCAUGGUGCCAUUCCUGUACGACUUCCUGUCGCACCACCAAGGCAUGAUCUCCCGCGGCCAGAUUGAGCUCUUCAUCGUGCUGCAGGGCGUGGGCUUGCUUCCCUUCCGCCUGCUGGAACCCGGCGGCGUGGCGCAUUACGGGUACUACCUUCCCACCGCCCUCUUGAUCUUCAUCCUCUGCAUGGUGUACAGCAUCCUGCAAAACGGUGUUCUCGUGCUGCUCGCGGGUCUCGUCUACUUUACGUUUGGCUACUUCAUCUACAAGUACCAGCUGCUGUAUGCCAUGGACCAGCCUCAGCACGCGACCGGACAGGCGUGGUCGAUGAUUUCGUACCGCAUCGUGCUGGGCCUCUUCUUCUUCCAGCUUACCAUGGGCGGCGUGCUCGGUCUCCACGAGGCCUUCAAGGCCGUCGUCCUGGUGAUCCCGCUCGUCGUCUUCACGGUGUGGUAUGGGUUUUACUUUAGGCGGCGCUACGUGCCGCUGACCAAGUUCAUCUCCCUGCGCAGCAUCCGGGCCGAGAUUGACCCGGAAGAUGCGGCGGCCGUGAACGAGGGCAUGUCGCCCAGCCGACUUACGCUCGGGGUCCUGAGGAGGGGCAGCACGUUGGACGAGGAGAGGGAGAAGGGCUUGGAGUAUGUGAAUCCGAGUCUUAAGAUUCCUCUUGUGCAGCCGUGGAUCUACCAAGAUCCCCCUCCUGUCAUGGAUGAAUCUACGUCGGGAACUCGGACGCCUCUCGAUGUCUUAGGGCCCGAAUCGCACAGCUCAACAAGUUCAUUGAGCCUAGGUGAUACGCAUAUCUGGAGGGAGGAAGGGGCUUGA